AAAGGGGAGCCACUCGGCGGUGCCGGCAGGACUGCAGUGCCGCCUGUGCACUGAGAGCCCCCACGGCGGGCAGGAGGCGUGCGGCGGGAGCAGUCCCUGCUGGGCGGCUUAGAGGGAUGGCAUCUGCCCUCAGCAGCAAAACCCAGCCGCCGGGAACUGGCACGAGCUCCAAAGCCGACGCCCGCGGUGGCGCAGGCUGGAGAAUGGACUGUGAUCCCGACAUGCAUGUGAAAAUGUGCAAGAAAAUCGCUCAGCUCACCAAGGUCAUUUAUGCCCUGAACACCCGCCAGGAUGAGGCAGAGGCCAGCGUGGAGGCCCUGCGGGAAGCCCAUCAGGAGGAGCUCCAGGGGGCGGUGGCAGAGACCAGGGCCAGGCUUCUGCAGGAGCAGAGUCGUGCCAGCGAAGAUGCAGAGACCCUUCUGCAGCGCAUCCAGGCCCUGGAGAGCGCUCUGGAGCUGCAGAAGAAGCUGACCCAGGAGGCCCUGGCAGAGUCAGCCUCCUGCAGGCUAGAGACCAAAGAGAGGGAGCUGAGGGUGGAGGCAGAGCACGCUGAGCGAGUUUUAACGCUCUCCAAGGAGAUGCUGGAGCUCAAGGCUGAUUAUGAGAAGAGGCUCCGGCAGCUGACCAGCCACGAGGGCCCCCAAUGGGGCCACCUGUCCCAGGAGAGCCCUGACACCACAGCAGAGCCUGGUCAGGGACCAGAGAUGCACCAAGUCCUGCUGGAGGUGGAGAGGCUGCGAGCUGAGAACCAGCAGCUGAGCCAGGACUAUGCCCGCAAGGCGGAGGAGCUGCAGGCCACCUAUGAGCGGGAAAACGAGGCCAUCCGGCAGGCCAUGCAGCAGUCAGUGAGCGAGGCCCUGUGGCAGUGGCAAGAAAAGGAAACUGGCCUUCGUAAGAACUUCCAGGUCCAGGAGUCAGCCCUGCAGGCCCAGGUCAGGAAGCUAGAAGGGGACCUGGAGCAUAGAGGGCGCAAGAUAAGUGACCUGAAGAAGUAUGCCCAGAAGCUGAAAGAAAGGAUUCAGGAUCUGGACGUGCAGCUAAGGGAGGCUCGGCAGGAGAAUUCGGAGUUGAAAAGCACUGCAAAAAAACUUGGCGAGAAGCUGGCUGUUGCCAAAGACAGACUGAUACUACAGGAGUGUCAUGUGACACAGAAAACUGAUGACAUGAAGACUGAGAAUAAAGUCCUGGGGAAAGCAAAUGACUUGGAGGCCUGCAGUCUUCAUCCUCAGUGGGAUCAAGACUUUCUUAAGGAGUGUCCGUGCACUAAAGGUGGCUCAGAAACACAGAUGAAGAAAGAGGCAAGUGGUGAAAUGGAGCAUAUGAAACAGCAGCAUGAGGAAGACCUGCGUAAAGUCAGACGACAGACUGAGGAGGAGAAGCAGCAGCUCAGAGACCAGCUGGUGAAGCGCCUGGAAGACGUGGUGAAGAAGCACACUGUGGAGAUGAAGUCAGUGCGCUCCUCUGUGGAGCUGGAAAGAAAGAAGCUGAGGAAGGAAGUUGAAGCACAGUUGGAGGAAGUGAAGACAAAAUCAGAACGGGAAAUAAAACAGCUGGAGGACGAAAAAGCAGCCCUCAGUGUGAAGCUUCAGAAUUCUCUGCGUGAGGUUUUAAUGCUGGAGGAAUUUAUCCAACAACAUAAGGCACCCCCACGAGGAACUGAGAGAGGGACCCAGGAAUUAAGCUGCCAGCCCUGCAGUGUGGUGGAGAGCCAGGACUCAUGUUUGACGUUGAAGGAACCUUCUCAGACACUGCCCAGAGAAGAGUGUCAGGAGAAGCUUUCAGCUGAGGAAGGAACCAGCAACCAUGAAGAGGAAAGGGUUGGGGAAACCCUCAAGGAAGGAAGUGACCUACAGCCUCCCCUGGGCUCUGUGCUGAAGGAGAAGGCAUUGGAGAUCAGACAUCUACCAGAGGACUGGCAAAGCCAAAAGGCCGGACUGCAAACCCAGGUCUCCCAGCUGCAGGGGGCUCUGGAGCAGUGUGCCAGUGAGUACAGGGAGGACCUGCAGGCACUCAAACAAUUGUCAGACCGUGAGAGGGAGAAACUACAGCAUGAGCUCCAGGAGAGUGUGCAGCAGAGCCAGGCCACCAAGGCCCAGCUUGAGGCUGUCCACCAGCACAGGAUGGAGAAAGCCAAAGCUCAGGAGCUCAAGGCCACAGAGGGGCGCCCGAGGAAGGAACCCAGCCACAGCCUACAUAUCCAACACCAGGCAGACCAGCUAGAGCUCCAGGCCCUGGAGGACAAGGCCAGACAGGAGCUGCAAGAAGAACGUGAGUGGAUUCAGGCCCAGCAGGCUCUGUUGCUUGGGUCCUUGAGGCAGGAGAUGCCGGAGCAGCGAGCUGCCUGCUCUGAGCAUCAGAAGGCUCUGGAGGUGCUACAGGCUGAGCUUAGAGCUCAGGGCCCCUUGGGCAGGUGGCAGGCCAUCAGCCAGCGUUCAGGGGACAGCGAGGACCACACCAUCACUACAGAGGGUGCUGCGGGCGAGGACCCCGCCUGCUCUCCUAUGGGCGCCCCGGAGGUGGGGCGCAGCGAGGCCAGCGGGCUCCGAGAGGAGAACGCGCAACUCCAGGACGCCGUGCUGCGCCUGCGGGCCGAGGUGGAGCAGCGCCAGCAGGAGGCGCUGCAACUGCGUGAGCAGCACAGAUUGCUAGAGGAGGACCAGCAAGCCCAGACAGCCAGGGAAGUGGAGGCGCUUCGCCAGGAGCACCGGAAAGAGAUGCAGGCCAUGGUGGCGGAUUUCAGUGGUGCCCAGGCCCGGCUCCAGGCCCGGAUGGCUGCUCUGGAAGCAGAACUGAAAGAUUCUGGAGAGAAGCCUGUGAAGGGAGCUUCCCGACCGGAGGACUUGCAGCUCAUAGGCCGCCUGCAGACCCGCCUGAAGGAGAGGGAGGACAUCAUCAGACAGCUCACGACAAACCCAGAGCCACAUGCAUGGGCUCAUUCAGACCUAGUUGUAUUGGUUUUCCAGGAAGAGCGAAGAUUUCACUACGCAGCAUUUCCCAGCACAAUGUCCCAUCGGAAUCGGUCCUUUUCUUUCAAUCCUCACCCCGGAUAUUUGACACCUUCCAUGAAGAAAAAGAAAAUGGAAGAAGUGCCCAGCAGAGUGGUCAGUGUGCCAAACCUUGCCUCCUAUGCAAAGAACUUUCUGAGUGGAGAUCUGAGUUCCAAGAUCAACGCCCCUCCCAUAACCAAGUCACCCAGCCUGGACCCAAGCCCCAGCUGUGGCCAGCCUUACAAACCUACCCAGUCUCUAGAUGGGAAAACAGCCACAAGGGCACAAGAUGGAGAAACAGUCCAGUACAAGGAAGUCCCGCAGAAGCAGGGCUCUCCACGCCAGGAAUGGUUUACCAAGUAUUUUUCCUUCUAAACUGACCUUUGGAAUACAUCUGAGUCACCCAACCAAAAACCUUGCUGGCAAUAGCUUACAUACAAUAUGCUAAAACAAGCCAUGGCACUGAUAUUUCAGUUUCAUUGUGAUACCUGUUCAUUAAAAAAUCCUUAAUAUUAAAGCUAAAAUAACCCAAUUAUUAAAAAAGCACCCUUAGGAAAAUGUUAUUAAUCCCUACCAACCAAACUACCCAUUGUAUUUCUAGUGCCCACAAUGUCACACUCCACGUGGGGGAUAUCAGACUUGUGAUUUCCAUGGUCUGCUUUGAAAUUCGUUCCAUUUUUCCUUAGUCAUCUCCACUCAGUUAUUCUAUGUAAAAUGGUGUAAUUCCAAAAUGCACACCUAACCUCAACAAGAAGGGGAAUAAAAGUUCAAUAUAAAAGGAAACCCAAUUAAGAGACAACAAGCAGAAACACCAAACCUACCAGGAACAGACUGUGUAGCAUGCUUGGAUUGCACGUUUUGACUUCCAACGCCUAGCACAGGUCACAGACUGCAAAGGGGACACCACCUACCUCAAAAGAGGCUUUGCAAGGAUUAAGCAAUGUACUAUGGGUAGUUAUCCAGCCUGAAUUUGGAAUUCUCAAUGAACUGUGCCUCACAUGCCAUGUCUCAGCUUCAAUGACCACUGUGUCAACAAAGUCCUUUGUGAAGAUUUCUAGACUGCUUUCUGAUAUCGAAGAUUGCUGAAGCACUGAUUCGCUGAUCUUCCCUUCCGGCCAUGUGCCCCUGUUGCCUUCCACUGUAUGGACUCACAGGAGCGAGCUGGGAACUGCCCAUGGUGCUGAACUUGCUGGGCGCCCACACUGUCUCACCCUCUAUGGAGCAACACAACUGGAUGAGAUCUGAUGACUUUUGAGUGGGCGGAGUAUUUUCUCUGGUGCUGACCCGGCAAGUGGCUUAACAACAAAUGUCAAUUCUAUGCACUGUCAAAUCUUUGCUCUUUAAAUAAAACUCUAAACUGGGCAAUAAAAAUGGUCAUGACUUGUAAAAUUAGAUGAAGGAUAGAGUUUGUAAUCAGAAAGUUCACAUCAAGAUUAAUCAAAUCACCUAUGAAUAAAAUGUAGCUACAUCAUU